UGUAGGAUACAGUAGCUGUGCGUUCAAGUGUGCUAACGACUAACGUCGUAACGAAGGGAACGAAACUGCUGGGUCGAUCCGUUUGUCGAAUGAAAGCUCAAUGAACUCGAACUAUGGUUGGGAGAACAUGGAGCUGCUGAUGGGUCUAGCUGGGUGGUGAGAUUUGCACAGCUGAAGGCAAGGCCAGGCUGAGUGACAUUCUGUGUCCAACAUUCACAAAUAAUUAAUUGACAUUGAAUGAACGAAGGAGGAGGAAUGGAAUAGACGGUUCAGGGGACGUUAGUACUCGACCUGGACCGGUGUGCCUUCUCUACCGGGUAGGCACUAGCUAUGUCUUCGACCAGUGAAGCCUGGACGAUGACGUUCAGCGCUCAGCACCAUGAUCAAAUCCUCGCCCCGUCGUACGACGCAGCGGCCGAUGGUCCCAGGCGGUGCGGCGACGAUUCCGUUCCAUUCCUACUCUGCGUGAAGAGCUUGCAGGGUCUGUCCGCUAGGCAGGUGUUGCCCGCUAGUAGCGGUGACCCAGCGGAAACUCAUAUCUCCAGUAUGCUGCAUAGGUCGCUUUCUGGUCGCAAGGAUUCCGUUACGUCACAGAAGACGCUACGCGUGUCGAUGAGUAUGUUCUCAGCUGACCGUGGUACUUUCCUGGGCAGAACAUGGAGUGGUGAUGCGGUACUCUGGGAAGACCAGAGCUCCGCAAUACAGCAGAACGUGGUUUUCCACACAAGCUGCCAGGAUCUGUCGUGUCACAUUGUUCUAGAGUUAGUCCUUGGGGAUCGUACAGGACCAGUAUGUAUUGGCUGGACGUUUAUCCCACUGGCCGAACUGUUCAACGCAGCUAUGGCUGAAGACGGUGAUACAUCGGCCACCAUGCCUCUCAGGUUGAAGCUGUACCACGGUACACCUCGGUGUUUGCUGUUCAUGGAGUCACCCUACGAUAGUGAGCGUCGUCUGGUGUCACGCAUCGGUACAGAGCUGAUCUGCUCUCUAAGCAUCCACACAGCGCUGUUCCAAGCCAUGUCGUACAUCAGUGCUGAUACAUUCUACGCUGCCGGUGCUAUUGUGCCGGGACUACGGCUGCCCUCAGCCAACACAGCUCCGUUGCAACGUCCCAAGCUUCUUCCCACUCACUCGGUAACCCUACACAAGCUGCAGCUGAGACCCACCUUACUGUCCAUGGAUGAACUGGAAGAGCAGGUGACCAGUGCUGCCGUGCGAUUGGCCGUUGCCAAGUCUCUCUUUCCGAAUAUGGAUGUAGUGUCAGCUACGGUCCUGGAGAGAAGGCUCAAGAUAGCGUAUCACAAUGGACACGCGUUUGUUCGAGAACCACAGACGGUGCUGCUUGACGUGACUGUCGGCAAACCCAGCAGCAGAGGCUCUGUUUCACGCAAGUCAACAGUCUCCCCUGGUAACGCACCCAGCGGGGCAGCGUCGUCAUCGUUACGGGGCAGUCGGCGCUUGGCAACGCAGUCGUCCGUUUCGCCCGAUUCCAUUCUGCAGUUGUCAGGGCAACUGGAGGUUCAUGACGUCAUGGAGUCGGAUCAGUUUGCGCUGGUGUUCCUGCUGGAGUAUGUCGUCUCCCUUCGGUCCACCGUGCAGCCUCCUAGCAACCCAGCUGCCUUGGCAACCAAGUCAUCAAUUCACAAAAAAGUCUCCCGUGCUAAUUCCGUAGCAACAAACCCCAAGGAGAUCAUCUCUAUUCCCGUAGCACACAACGCAUGGUCAUUCCCAGCCGCUGGUGCCAUGGCAACCGCACGAAGUCCGGACGGUAGCGGUCGCCAGGCAACACUUUGCUUGCUGUCGUCAUGUCGAGUAGAUGCAGGGAAUUUGUUUGUUGUCAGCACUGCUCAAGAUACCAACCAAAAGAGUAUACAGGGUAUGAUGUUGGAAUUCCAGUACUCUCAACUUUCUCCAUUCUCCACAAUGAGUUCAGCCACACCGCUGGGCACACAGCGAUCAACCCAGCCAUCACCAUUGCUGGACCAAACCACCAUUGCUACCGGCACUGCAGUGCUGGGAGCUACAGCGGCAUCACGACGAGAUGCCAGUCAACGUCGCAAAGACUGGCGCACAUCCACGGUGGAACCGGAAGUGUUGCCAAAGGACAUUGUUGCCGUGGGCGAUUCACUGGCGUUUGAUCGAGACGAACUUCUACCCUUGGCGGACCAUGGCACCAGCACUGCACAGUCCUCCUAUCCCAGCACAGCACAGUCCUCCUAUCCCAGCACAGCACAACACUCAACAAUGGCUACUGCAACACACAGUGAAUCUGAUCUGCAGCAGCCAGGUGCCACGUCACUACGGGCAACCGAUCACCGCCGUGACACUCUGGAAGAGUCCAUGGAGCAGGUAACCAUGGUGACUACCUACACCACGGCAGCAUCGGCCAGUGCAGCGGGUAGCAGAAGACAUGCCGCGGGACUAGCUGCCACCAGUAUCGGUGCUGAUCGCCAUGACAACCAAGCGUCGGAGUUCCCGGCAGCAGCACGGCAGCAGGCAAUGCCCCAUCCUGCACCAAUGAUAAGCGGAUUUUCUUCCAUCGGUGUACUACCCCGCUCAUUACUAUCCCUACUCAACAGCAGCAUAUUUCCACCCAUACAACCAACACUAACCACCGCACCUGGUAUUGCCAGUGAGGGCAGCGGCAGUGGUGGUGGUGGUGUUUGUGCUAUGGUGGAGGUGUCACCAGAACCUGACACCAUGGCAAGUGUGCUGAGAGAACACGAGGACAAGCUGCAGAGCAAUGAAAUCGUCUUGCAGAUAUUAGCAUUGUCAGGAUUUGAAUCUAGCCCUCCUGGAGUUGUCUAUUUUCAGUACCAGUUCUACGACUUCCCAACCACCGUGACAGACAGGUGUGAGUGCAUAUCAGCUGAUGGCAGUGGUGAUAUACAUCUACUGCGGAGAAUACCGGGACAGCAACAACAACAGCAUCAGCAGCACAGCAGGAAUACGUAUGGUGUUGAGUCUCGCUACACUGUAGACUGGACAGCGGUGGACACUGCCGAACAUUACAUACGGUACUGCAACACGGCGCGUCUGCUAAUUCAAAUGUUCAAUGGAAAUUCACUGCUGCCUCUAGCUACCGCCGCCGUACCUAUAGAGCAUAUUCUGCGUCAGGGCCGACCAGCCAUACAGAGUUCGCAUGCGCUGGAUCUUGUUGUCAUGGAGAUGGCCAAUGAAGAACCGUAUCUUGUCGGAGAUUGGACUCGUCAGGGUUCUUCCCAUGCGACGGGGCAGAAGUUUGAAGUUGUUGGCAAGCUGUACGUGCGUACGGCUAAUCUCGGAUCACCAGCUGAUCCCAGAACCAUGGCAACACGGCGAAACGAAGUGGUGAUAUCUAGCAAAGCAAGUCAUCUCUUGUCUGCCCCGGCAAGAACAGAGCAAAAUGAAUCACGUCAACGCAAUGCUCUAGUCAAGGUGGAGGCUAAGAAGAUGACGGAUGUUCACCCUCAACUCCGGCAUAUGCUGGGCAUGGCUAGUCAUGGCCACAAGACAGAACUGGACAGGAAAGCGGAGCUGGACAAGAAACGAAAGCUAGAUCGUAUGAAAGCGGUGCGUGACGCACUAAGCAGUGGAGAGAUCACCAGCCAGAUCCAGUCUACACCUCUCAACUUUCAGCUGCAAAAACAACAACUGCAAAUCAUCAAGCACUACAAGGCACAGAUCAGCAAUGACGUCAUCGAACGACAUCACCUGGAGGGCAUUAGCAAUUCACACACGGUGUAUGCGUCUCUUGGUGUAGUGCAUCUGGUGGAAUUCCAACUCUACAAUCCAUACACCGUUCCCACGGCGUACAGUAUUGUGUUUGAUGACCCGGAGCUGGAUGUGGUAACAGACAGCAAGGAGUGGAGAUUUCUGAAGGACAAGUACAACAUUAGUACUCCCUUGGAGGAGAACAUGUUUCUGUCGGUGAAUCAGUUCCAGCAAUCAUCUAGCACCAACACCGGCAUCACCAGCAGUGGUGACACCACAUCAAGACGCAAUCCCAACAACGGCACAACAACCACCACCACCACCACAAGCAGCGGUGGCAAUGCUGACUCAAGCACGGCCGUUUCGUCGGUCGGUUGCUCCAAACACGUGCUGUUACGCGCUAGGGAAACACUGCAUAUCCCGUUCAAGUAUUGCUGGAGAGAUUGCAGCCAGGAUGGGCAUCAUGACGUACAGAAUGCAACCACCGCCACUACUCGACUACUGGGCAAGAAAACCAUCAAGGUGACUUUCAUGACUGAGAAAUCUCGAUCUCCCAUCGCCAUUCUAUCCCUGACAGUGGUAUAUCAACCCGCCGUAGUACACCACACACUGACCUUCCACCACGGAGAAUCCUCCGUCAUGAAGAGAUGUGUGCGAAUAUCACCUAGCUUGGCAGCUGCUACAUCAUCGUCUGCAGGAGUGUCUUCAGCGGCGGAGCAGCAGCGACUGUGCACGUUUUGCAAUGCGCCUGGCGUAGACACACAAGUCCUAUCCGAGGAGUCUAGUCCAAUCCAAGAUAUCUACUUGAAAGUACCGUGUGGUGCUGCACCAGCCACUACCUCUUUCAUUGUCCUCUUGUAUCGUGAUGAAUUCCUGAUCACCCCCAUUGCAAGAUGGUUAUGCCAAGUGCAGGCUGUACACAGAGUUGAUAUCAGUGGUCAGAUGUAUCAGUCAUCUAACACCGCUGUGGUUCUGAGAGGCUCAAACGUCGCUCACAACGUCCAGUGUUUUGUCUCCAAGCCUGUACUGCUGGAGGUAUGGCCCUCUGGAUGUUUCUCAUUGCCUGCUCAGUCAAUAACAGACGUACAGCUGACGUUGAGACCGACCAGUGUGUGCAAAACAACAGCUAUACUUAGUGUUGUGGAUGUUGACCAUGGCAACCUUGUUGCUAUGUGGCAAGUGCACUGUAACUGUUUGCCGCCCACCAUCACCAAGGUUACGCACGUCAAGAUCCCCUCCACUGGCGGCAAGCACUGUAGAAAGCAAAUCAAAUUCAAGAACUCGUACCCGGUCCGCAAGUCGUUCUGCGUCGCGACAUCACGGCGUGAUCUGCUGCACUUGAAGGAGACUCGUUUUGAUGUCCAAGGUAACCAGUCGCAGAGUCUUGCUCUGUCGUUUGUGCCCCGUCAGAAGAACGACAGUGCAGAGGUGCUGGUCUUCAUCAACCUGGAGGAUGGUGGCAAUGAGGAAUGUUUGUCCAUCAACGUCACCUACACGUAAUGGAACUGGCCGACCGCAGAUUUAAUAGCAACAGAUAUGGCCCGGUCCGGAGAUUGAGUGAUAGUAGUAAUAGAAUUUACGCCUGCACCUGACUCUUGCGGCGCUAUGAUACCCCUCAGAAUUUCCCACCUUGCUCCCCUUAUGUUCAGGCUGCCCGUUUUGGAGCCGUCAGUUGCCUGAUGAUCGUAGUAAUAUGUGAAACUCAGAGUUGCGACACAGCUUCCAAUCUCUCUUGAGUAAUAUAAUUGAUUAUUUUAAUAGGGAGGGCCCUACCGUUAGCAAGGCAAAUACCUGCCCAUGGCCUCCUUGUUAAGAUUGUAGUGAAUCUGAUUCUUGACAUGAAAUUGAGAGAAUUCCUGGCAUGAAUGACACUGCGUAUUUCCACGUCUCUAGAUAUGAUUCCCGUGCCUCUGUAUGCCACCAUGAACCAAGCAGAUGUUCCCCCUUUCCAGAUAUCGCCCAAGCAGGAAUACCCUGUUUGGCGCACACCUACCUGUUGAAUUUGCCCGAAAUUAUUUGGAUUUGGUGCACAUCAA